AUGCACAUUUCUCUAAUCUCCAAGAACAAAGAGAAAUUCAUCGACGAAACCUUAACUAAGCCACCGGUCUCAGAUCCUCUGUAUGCACCAUGGACCAGAUACAAUACGAUGGUUCUUGCGUGGAUUCAGCGUUCGAUUUCAGAGCCAAUCGCCAAAUCGGUGUUGUGGAUCGAUAACGCUUCUGGUGUGUGGAAGAACUUGCAGAUUAGGUUUUCUCAAGGCGAUAUCUUCCGCAUUUCUGAUAUCCAAGAAGAUCUCUAUAGAUUCAAACAAGGUACUCUCGAUGUUUCGAAUUAUUUUACUCAAUUGAAGGUUAUGUGGGAUGAAUUGGAAAACUAUCAAUCGAUUCCUUCUUGUACAUGUGUUAUACCCUGUUCCUGUGGCGCUAUUGCAUCCAUUAAACACUAUAGGGAGCAAGAUUAUGUUAUCCUUUUCUUGAAAGGCUUAACAGAGAAAUUUGCGCAUUCUAAGUCUCAGAUUAUGAUGAUGAGUCCUCUUCCCAGUAUUGACAAAGCCUUUUCCCUUGUCAUUCAACAAGAAAGAGAGAUGGAUAAUUCUGCAUCUAAUGCUAUUUCAUCCACUAGUGCCACUGAAGAGGUUUCAGCAUUACACACUCAGACACGUGAAGCCAAUUAUACGGCCAAACAGGGAGGUCUAAACAACUAUCGUGGGAAAUCACAAGCUGCUCAGGGAUCCAAUGCAUCUCGAGGAACUAACAGAGUUUGUGUUCACUGUGGCAGGACAAACCAUAAUGUUGAGACUUGUUUCCUUAAGCAUGGAUAUCCACCAGGCUACAAUGGCUACAAAGGAAAGAGCAAGACUCAAGGAGGCACACAAUCAUCUUCUUCUACUGCUAAUGCUAGUCAUAGCACAGAAUCAUCCUCUCAGAGUUCAGCUACAUCUUCAUUUGGUUUUACUUGA